UGUUACUAAUAGUAUAAAUAAACUUUCUCGAGACUAAUGAUAAUAGUGAUUAAGUUUAGUAGCACAAGUGACGAACCAGUAGCGCGUUGCCUACAGCAAGAUGAAGUCGUGGACGCCUUUCGUAGGGGCUUCCCUUCUAUUGCUCGCAUUUUCAGUCGAAGGAGAAGAAAAUGGAUCAAACAGUGACAUUUUACAUGAAAUCGUUCAUAGGACAAAAAGAGACGCAAACAUCGACAUAUCACUAAGUAAAAUAUCUCAUGAAGAAACAUGUAACAUUAUCACUCCAAACGGCGAAACGGUGUUGGCAGAGAACGUUAACAUCCCAGGAGUAACAGUCCGCAAUAGCAGUUAUUUUGUUUCCUGCAGGAUCACUAUAGGACCCAUAAAUGAAUCUCUUUUAGGCAACUGGUCACUAUGUGGGGAAUAUAAGGAUAAGAAUGAACCUCAUAAGAGAUGUCAACCAGUCAGUAUCUCCUGGUACAAUCCUAACAAUUCGUCUCAAACUUGGAACUUGUGGCCCGAACCAAAAAGCGACUAUGUCGUUUCCUAUGAUGGCAAUUUGUCACCUGUCCUAACUGGGUCUGGUACUGUGUCAACUUGUCACGCUGUAACACCUAAUGGGGAAGAACUAGUCAUAACUGCAGACACAGAUUACCCUGGUUUAACCCGUGUUGGAACGAAUGAAGCUUGCAAUUUCAAUAUAGGUCCUAUUAACAAAUAUUAUAUUGGAGAUUGGAAAUUGUUCGGACUGUUUAAUUCACCUUUAAUGGGAUUAAUUGAAGUGUCACGUCCAAUGCACUUGUUUCUUUAUGAUGAAGAGAAUCCUUACAGUCAAGCUUACAAUGUAACUAAUGAAGAUCAAGUCACUUAUAUUAUUAAUUUAGGUAGCACUAUUAUCGAAGAAAUAAAUGGACGGGGCAAUUUAGCAACAGACGAUUGCCAAAUAAUUAGUUCAUUUGGCCAAAAAUAUUCUAUAAGUGAUAGUAAAGAACUGGAUCCUGUCGUGUUUAAAGAUGUAGGUUCAAAUAUAGCCUGCCGAGUAGCUAUUGGUCCCAUAACAGAGGAAAUGCUCGGUAAAUGGAAUUUUAGUGGAAAGUUCAGCAACAGUGAUACUUUUACUGAAAGACGACGUGUUAUUGAAAUAGUGAAGGAAGACCCAGCAAAUCCUAUUAUUGAUGAAAAUAGAAUUGUAGAUAUUUUAGACACACAAUUUUUUAAUACCUCAAUCGGUGCAAGUCAUACAAUACUUAUUAAGGACGGUAAUACUAAGGAAAGCUGCCACUUAAGAACGCCCGCAGGCUUGCAGUAUACUAUUAUGGAAGGUUUUAAUAUUCCUGGAAUAGAAGUAAUAGAAGACGAUCCUGAUGUCACAUGUGGUAUUACUGUAAAUGUGAAAAGCGAGGAUUUAAUUGGAGAAUGGAUAUUAAUUGCCAGAGUGUCAAAUUAUUUUGAACGUAUAGAAAGAAGGCUUCCUUUCAUUGUUUAUGUAGAAGAGAUAGUGCGAGCAAUACCUCAAGAAGUCACAAUAACUGAAGGCAAUACUCUUUAUUUGCGUCUGGAGAAACCAACAGAACUUAAGGAUUCUUGUGUACUUUAUGGACCAAACCACAAUUUAACUGAUUUUGAAACAGACAGAUAUUAUAAUGAUAAAUGUGGAUUUAUCAUCAAAGAUAUAGAAAAAUCUGAUGAUGGGAUGUGGGAAAUACGAUAUGGAAUGGGUAUCAAAUACAGGGCUUUCAUCGAUGUAAUCGUUAUAGCUUCGUGGAACAAAACAAUUGACAAUUUAGAAUUUAUUAAAGAUAGACCUAUUAAAGCAAUAAUAGGACCAAAAAACGCAAUUUAUUGCAAACUUGAAGAUCCCAGUGGCCGUAUUGUAUAUGAUAAUUUUGGAAAGUGCACUAUUGAAUUGGAAAAAGUAACAAAACAGCACAAUGGUAGAUGGAUUAUGACUGUGGGAUUUCCAGGAAAAAUAAUUGCAGAAGAGUAUUUUUUUAAUGUGAAAAUAACUGAAGCAGAACGAAAAGCCAUAGUGACCACCUCAAUUGAGGAACAGAAACCGGAAGUGAUUUUGACUUGUUCAGUACCGACUGAAUAUGAAGUGAAAACAUGCAAGUUCCGCAAGCCAUCUGGACGGGUUCUCCUUGCUGUUGAAGGGGUGGGAGAGAGUGGAUACACUUUCCAUGGGGUAGGAACAAGUAUGGAAUCUGCAAUUAGAAUUCACGAAUGUGGACUAAGAAUUUCAAACCUUCAAUCUGAUGAUUUAGGAAUAUGGCGAUGCGCUGUUCAAACUGCAAACGAUACAUAUUAUGGUUUUCUGACAGUGCUAUAUUCUUGGGCUCUGCAAGAUUCUGAAGUCACUGCCCCUAUUAUAAUAGAACCGAAUCUUAUCACAACUCAUCGUAGUGUCGAUGUUUUACAAGGCGACACGGUGACCAUGUCUUGUUCAAUACAGUCUGCUAUCGAGUAUUGUUAUUUUAGAGCGCAAAAUGGAACUAUCUUCAAUCUUUCACCCGACACGUUUUCAGAGAACGUGGAGUAUGUAGGUGCUGGUUUAGACGCUGGGGAAUGCGGUGCGGCGUUUAGGAACUUGUUAGCUUCUGACAGUGGUAGAUGGAGCUGUCAUGUUGGCUUUCACGACGGUCACCAGCCAGAACAGCGGACUGAUAUCUAUGUUAAUAUAAAAGAGCCGAUUGUGGUGCGUCAGUUCAUGGGAUCUAGGGACCUCAUAGUGGAAGGCGAAGUGUACGACAAACGUCCCUUGGAUUACUGUAGAUUUGUACGCAUCGAUGGUUUAGGGUUUACCUCAUUAAACCUGCCUGAAUAUUACUACAGUUUCGACUCACUAACGACGGGACUUUGUUCACUUCACAUCGAAGUACCUAACACAUUUGAUAUGCAGCCAUGGACAGUAAUCGCCAGAGUGCAAGGUCAAACCACAGAAAUAUCAGCAGUCACUAAUUACACAAAACAUAGUUCGUCUGUUCCAGCGACAGUGAAACCCUAUGCAAUUUGGCUUAUGUUAAUUGCUGUAUCUGGUAUUUUGCUGACAUUGGCUUUAAUGCUGAUUCCGGAGAAUAAUCGCCGAAGAACGUCGUUCGCAGCAAGUUUUGUCAGAAACAGUUUUCGUGGAAGCUUCCAGAAGAGAUCGUUAACCGAUUCUACUACUGAAAUUACUACUUCAACAUCUACUGCUUAAUUAUUAAUAAUAAACGUUUUAUAUUUAAACAUUAGUAUUGGAGCCGAUUUUGAAAUGUCAUUUUGGGAGGUACAAAUUUCUCAAUACAAACUUCUCAGCACAGUACCUGAUAUGAGUUCAACAAAGAUUUAUGUUAUUUGGUUUACGUUUGAAGACUAUAAUUUGUAUUGAAAACUGUGACUCUAGAGGAUAAGUUAAGAAACUUAGAUUUCUAUACAAAGUUAUCGACGUAAACGCGUCACGUUUACGUUAGAAGUUUGUCUUUUGUUUUGACGAACUAUAAAUUGUAAAAUAAAUCGUAGCACAAUUCACUUUAACUACUGGGUAUGUAAUUAUACUAUUGUCCUCUAUUCGUUACUUUAGAAUCUUUUACUUUGUUUUUACUUAUUUUGUUUGAUUGUAUUCUUCCUUUUUUCUAGUUUUGUCGAAUUAACUAUACCAUUAAUAUUAUGUGAAAAUUUGUAAACUAAUUAAUAUAAUCAGUCGAAGGGAUUUGAAUGAUAUAUUCUUUACCUAAAUACAAAGCCAAAGCUAAAAAAUCAAAGCCUCUAGUUAGAUUUAUGCAACUUAAAAUGACAAACAAGCUGACGGUCCACGAUAUAUAUAUAUAUAUAUAUAUAUAUAUAUAUAUAUAUAUAUAUAUAUAUAUAUAUAUAUAUAUAUAUAUAUAUAUAUAUAUAUAUAUAUAUAUAUAUAUAUAUAUAUAUAUAUAUAUAUAUAUAUAUAUAUAUAUAUAUAUAUAUAUAUAUAUAUAUAUAUAUAUAUAUAGAUAUGACCAGGUACCAUGGCCAUAACAGAGCAUACUGAUACCCCCGACACGUUGCCACUCCAGAGGACUCAGGUGUUAUUCCUUUGUACACUAUAAAUUCACUGCAAUAUCCCACCCUUCAAACCGAAACACAGCCAUGCAAACACAACUGCUUCAUGAUAGAAACAUGAAUGGGACAGAGGUGCGCAAGCAAACGACUUUUGUACAAAGUCUCCCUCUGGUAAAUACAAAAGAUAUAAAAGCUUUAAAAAAAUUAAACUUAGUGUAAGUGAAAAUGUUGAAAUUUAAAUAUGCGUUAAAAAUAUUGUAGAGAAUGACAUAUCACAACCGGUCUCAAAUAGAAUUAUGAAACCUGCUUACUUUGAAGUUUAAUCAACGAAAGCAUGUUCUUAGAGCAUGUAGAGUUUUAAAACAAUAAGCACUUCAUAUAGUAUUGUUUACUACAAAAUUAUGAUUAUUUAAUAUAAGUUAUAUUUUAUAAAAUUAUAAAAGCAGUAGUCCGUUCUCAUUAUGCAAUAUAAUUUAGGUGAAUAAUAGAUUUAUGUAAAAUUUAAAAAGAUAUAUAGAUAUAUGUAUAAGAAAUUAAUAAUUUUUGAGUUUAUAACAUGUAAUUAUUUACAUGAAUUCAUGUGUUUUAUAAAUAUCUCCAGUUAGUCAGCAUAUAUAUAAUGAUUUCUUACAGUAGAAUUAAACUACUAUUUGUCGAGGUGAAUAAUAAAUAUUUUUUCAAAUUAAUAAUAAAAUUGGUCGAUAUUUUUAAACAAGCAUGAAAUUUUUCUUAUAUAGAUCAUAAAUUCUAUUGCCUAAGCAAUGGACUUCUGACACAAAGCAUUUGAAGAGUAAAUGCCUAAAGUAAGGUUGUGAUUUUUAAUUAUUAUUAAUACUUAGUUAUGUUAUCCUGUAAUUGAUGCAGGAUUGUAAGGUAUCAUUAAUUAAUUAUAGAAUUAAUAAUUAA